UACUUUAAAUGGAUGGUGUGGAGGUGAUCUAAUACUGCCACGCUAAUAAGCAGCACAGGUCUCUGCCCGGAAGAGGUUACAGUCUAUACCAGACAAUGGGGCUAGAAGGAGAGGAAAGGGGGUGGGGGAAGGAAAUCAGUGCCCAAGGCAACUUUUUGACAACUCGUGCAAAAGGGGAAAAAAGGGCUCUGCUUUUAAGGCGCCUAUAAUCCAGAAACACUGGGAUGCAGAGGGACGUAUGAGUAUGUUAUUGUUAUAUAGGGAGGGAUAUAUGACUAUAUUAUUACUACUAUCACUGUUAUUAUUUACACUUGUCAGUCACUUUAUACACAAGAAGAAGCCUCAAAGUGACUUAACAAGGUUGGCUGAGGUGGCUUUUGAAAGUGAUGGGAAAAACCCAGCAAGUUUACCGGGGGUCACGCUGUGUUGGCAGAGCGAGGAGUUCGUGGUGACGCAGCAGUGCGCUCCCUGCCAGAGUUUUCAGGCGAAAACAGUGCCAGAAUGCAGUGCGACGGGCUUCGUUGAGCAAAUCAACUGCAGCGACUCCAAGAAGGGCGAAUUCAAGAGCCGGUGGCCGUGCUUCCUGGGCUGAUGGGAGUUGUAGUUUAACCACAUCUGGAGGGCCAAAGGUUCCCCUGCGCCUGAUGCCACUGAACAGACUGUGUCCGUUCCCGUCUUCAAAUGUUUUAGCUGUCGGGGCCGCCAUAACCUUCUGCCAGGGAAUGGAUUGGUCCUUUUUCUAAAAAAACAAAAAUUCGGGUGCGUUAUUGUCGGCUGUCUCUUGGCGGCAGUGGAGAGAUCCACAGGUCAGCUGCACAGCAGGUUAAAUAUUUUCUUCUGUGUAAACCGUUGAUGCCCAGGGGGAGGUUUUUUUCCUCUUGCUGAAGUCCUAGCGAAUGGGCUGAUGAACUGUACCCCCUUUCCAAGCAGCUUGUGAUGUUUACAGACUGCCAAGCGGGUCUUGCAACAGAUUGUUUGCAGGGUGCAAUGCUCCGCCUCCCGCUUGGGCUCUGCCAUCCCUUCUGUCGGGAUACGUCAUUCCCUCCUCCCCCUCGUGCUCUGGUCCUCCUGGCAGGCAGACAGCAUCCUGUGGCCACUGAGCAUGCUCAGUCCACCUUGGGCUGUUUUGUGUUUUUUCUUGGGGAGGGGGCUGUUCCUUGAUUUUGUUCUCCACAAAUAUGUUUUCGCUGCUCUUCUUCUUCUGCAAACCUCGGGUUCACCUGAGCAUGCUGACGUUUCGUCCCUCUUGUUUCUCCACUGCCCCCCUUUUGGCCACAUAGCCAUCGGCACUCAGCGGCUGAGUUUGCCAUUAGAGGACAUAGUUAGAAUACGAUAAUUCAGUCUUGCCUCCCUGAUGAAGCCCUUGUCCAGGUCCUCUCUCCGAGAGGGGCUCAGAGGGUGGUAACAAAGGAGGGGGGCUUUUCAGUUGUGGCUCCCCGUCUGUGGAAUGCGCUCCCCAGCAAGGCCCACUGGCGCCAUCAUUGACAUCUUUUCAGCACCAGGUAAAGACUUACCUUUCCCCCCAAGCAUUUGAUAGAUGUUGUUUUUGCUAUUAGCGUGCUUUCAAAACCUCUGUGGCUUAUGGCAUGAUAUAUUUAUUUUUGUCUUUUAAUGUGGUUGUAAGUUGUUUGUAGACCCUCAGGUAAUGAAACGGCUAACAAAUCUAAUAAAUGAUGGCGGCGAUGCACAGGCUAGCACGCUCUCUGUAAAGCAGGGCUUUGCCGGGUGAAUUCCCUCUCACCCCAGGUGUGCCUUUGUGUGUGACGUUAAGUCUUAGAAUCAUACAAUAGUAGAGUUGGAAGGGGCCUAUAAGACCAUCAAGUCCAACCCCCUGCUCAAUGCAGGAAUCUUAGUGGUCAGAGUUUGACCUAAUGGGGAGGCUGUUCCUGGAAUCCAGAGGGACCCCCUUCAAACCCUGCAAAGCACACAUCCCUCCCUCCCACCCAUAUGCAUGCACACUCUUGAGCGGAGGCUGUGCUCAUCCCGUCUUCCC